UGCCUGAUCACCUUCUAUUCCUCCCUCUCUCCUUUCUACCAUCUUUCUUCCUCGAAUUCAAUCCACUUCUCACACCAUCAUAUCGAUGCUGACAACCAAAGCACAGUAUUCAUCCACUUCCAAUCUGGCUAUUCAGUCACCUGUGCCAACACACCUACAAGAUCCACUACAUAGUAGAAAGGACAAACAAGUGCAUCGAUAUCAUGGUACCGCAGCUGUGCCGCCCUCACCGACCCAAAGCGACCAUAGCACACGAGAUCAACAUAUCACUAUGAACACGCCAGAUCAUGGAAAAACACAUCGGUUACGCUCUCCUACCUUAGACCAAUCGCAAAAUAUAAGAGAUCAAUCUUCAUCGAGCAUCCCAACCUAUACCAUAACAGAAUACGAAGAAGCGACCAGUACCAAGCAAUUUCAAACGCAGGACGAAAAAUCGGCUUAUGGAGACCCGACCGUGUUACCAACUCUAACAAGACCAAGUCCAUCACCUCUGUCCGCUUACUCGGCUCACUCCAGCUUUAGUCACGCAUCUUCAAAUAUUGAUACUCCUCAUUCCAUAUUUCACCGACAGCAUUUUUUCUCUUCUCCUUCAGUCUCUUCUUCCAUGCCGAGGUUAGAAGAUCCUAUCAAUGAUCAGAUCACUGAAAAAUCAGUUGCCCACACCCAUGAUAGUCGUCGCCCCCACCUUCUUGAACGUCACUCAAUGCCGUUGCCGUCUCUACCUGAUUUCGAAGUAGAAGCCUACUGUCCUUCCUGUAAAAAAUGGGUUAUGACCAGAAUCAGGUAUCGAUCCGGCGCCGGUGUUUGGCUUUUCAGCUUCGUUUUACUUGUCUUGACCAUUGUGUUCUUCUGGAUUCCGUUCUAUGUAAAAUAUUUUAAAGACGUUGUACACUUCUGCCCCUCGUGCGGUCACAAAAUUGGUCGUUUCCGCAAGAUAUAGAGUGACUUAUAUAUAAUACCCAUAUACCCCCCAGGCAACUACAUAUAAUCGCCUUCCCCGAAUAAUUGCACUGUCAUCGCUUAUUUGAAUGAAAACGAACCACCCAAAAAAUACAUAUAUAUAUAACAAAUGUACAUUUCCCCUCCA